AAAAGCCCAACUAUUUCUAAUGCUCUGGCCAGCGUGGCUGCCAAAAUCGGAUCAUCAUCUUCAACAACACCACCGGCCGUUGUCCCAGCAUCUGCUGCAGUUGUCCCAGCAUCUGCAGCAGUUGUCCCAGCAUCUGCAGCAGUUGUCCCAGCAUCUGCUGUUCCUGCAAAAUCUAAUAUUGAAUCUGUCUCAGAGUCUGUGAAAGCCAAGCAAGAGGUCCUGGCAAAAACUGUAGAAUUCAAUAAUGACCUGAGUGGAGAAAGAGAGCUGAAUAAAAUUAACUCCUUUAGACCAGAACGAGCAGACAUCAGUAGCUACAGCAGGAAUGGGGCCGUGAACAUUAACAUUCCUGAUGACUCAUCACUUCCUGCCGUAGUCCGAGACCACAGCAGCCCCAUUGACAGAUAUGGGAGGAACAACAUGUCCGACCUCUUCAUUCAGGAAGAUGAUGAGUACUCACGUAAAGAGAGGCACUGCUUCUCCAAGACGGUCAGACAACCAGUGUCGGUGACGGCUGCUGUGGACACCUGCUCUGUGAACAGAGCACAAACCUUGCACACAUACACUCUAGCUGUAGACAGCACAAACGAUGCUUACCAGAAAACAUGUGCUCAAGUCAUUGGUGAACAAGAGGAGGACGACUCUGUUUACUCUCAGCUGGCUGUGGUUAAUGAAAACUACACCAACUCCAUCAAAUCAGAGGACAUUGAUUGGGAGGAAGUUAGGAAGUAUGAGGAGCAUGUCAGGAAAAUUGACGAACCCAUCAGAAUUUGUGAUAACUCUGCCGUCUACACUCUGCCAAAUAUCGAACUGAUCAGGCAGGCGCCUGUUCUCUCCGAUGAUCUUGGUGAUGACAUUGUCAGUGCACUUGAUCUGAAGUCUGAAGAUCUUGGUGAUGACAUUGUCAGUGCACUUGAUCUGAAGUCUGAAGAUCUUAGUGAGGUCAUUACUGCAAUAAAUCAGGACAAAAUUGAAGGAAACACUGUUGUAGUGUCUGAGCCUGGUGAAGUUAGCAGCCUAGUCCCUGCUGACUCAUCUGUCCCAGCCUCUUCCUUGAGCAAGGAUGCUGUCACCCCAGUAAGUUUAGAGGAGUCCCCAAUUAGCUCUGGCACUGUAGAUGAGAGGUCAGAUGUUGAAAGUGGUAAGACUGAUGUCGAAGAUGUUGGGUUGACUCUUCCCCUAGAGAAGUCCAACCCUCAACCCAUCCCUCAACCUGUGAAGAAAUCUCCCAGAUCUGGUUUCAGCCUGUUGUCAUUUUUUGAUAGAAUCCUUCUUCCCAAUGAUAAAAAAAAUGCAGCUGAGAAAACGGCGUCUGAAGUCGGAGAUGUAAAAACAGAUGAUUCUGUUGUCACAACUCCAACAAAAAUUGACAGUGUGGUGGCUCAACCUGUGCAAGACUUAGUUCCUGUGAUAGCCAGUAAAAUUUCACCUGCAGGUACCCAGCCAUCAGUGCCAGCUACACCUUCAAAGCCAAACCAGUUGUCACUAGAUCUGACCCCCAAGAAGACAAAUGAAAGCACGCCUAGCAGAAUUCGGUCUAUUUUUUUCAAAACAAAGGCCCCUAACCCUGACAAGGAGAAGAUAAUUCAGGAAGAGAAAGAACUGAGCUGCAAAAUAAUCACAACAGCUGGUGCAGUCAGGAAUAAGAGUGCUGAGAAUUUCCCAAAGGCCAGGCCACUUUCAGCCUUUGUGGAUCGCGACACCGAAUUCAUGGAGGACAGUGCCAUAUUAGACAGCAAACCUCAUGCAAGACCUCUUUCUAUGUAUGACUUGCCCUAUGGGGAAUCUUUUCCAAUUAGGAACACAGAUUUCAUCUUAACAUCAAAUGGCAGUCUCCCUGUUCAAUUUGAUGGACAGGCUGUUCAUGACUUGGCCUGUACGGGAUUUAAAACCUCCUCCACUCCUGCUGUGAAGCUAUCAGCUGAUGACGAUACGUGUUCUCCAAUAACAACAUCACCAGCUGCUGCUGAUGAGUGUUCAGAAGCCUCAUCUAGUGAGUCGGACAUCAGUGAGAGGCCGAAAUUGAUCAGUGAAAUUGAUGUUGCUCAAAUUUGCCAAUGGGAUGGGAAAACUGACAACAAUUUUACUGUACCAGAGUACAGGUAAUUUAAGUAAUACAUUAGCAUUAUUAGACCUGUCAUACAUGUGGGACCUACGGGGCCCAGCCUGUCAUGGUAUGGUUAAAUUAAGUGGUAAUGAAAUUACCAUCAUUUGACUUUAACAGGGGGUCUCACACAAGUAAUAUGUAGGACCCUCCUAAGGGGCAUCUCAUGAAAAAAGGCAAAUUGUAAAAGUAGUAACCGGGCAUUGAAUGUAACAAAAUUUUUGCAAAGAAACUAAUUUUUAAAAAUGAAAAAAAAUUCAUUACAGUUUUUAUGAAUAAAUCUAGCCAUCUUCUUACACAGAUGAUGACAUUCAGAUACUUGCAAAUUAUUUUUUUAAUGUAUUUGGUAUCAUUAGUCUUUCAUGUAUCUCUAAUUCAGAUAUGUUUUAGCACUGACCACCUGUCCUGAAGAAAUAGAUUCAGACAAGCUUGCUUUCAUAGAAGGAGACUACCUGCAGGUAGAAUUUCAUUAAAGUCUUAUGCUUAAUAAAUGUUAUCUGGCACUUGAAACUAUAAUCUCAAUCAAUUUUUUCUCAUCUUUGUGAUCUUAAAUGAAUCUUUAAAUGAUUGCCAAAAAUACUGAAUACCUAAAGUGGUGUGAUCUACAGUAAAAGAAUGUUCAAAUAAAUAGAAAUUACAAAUUUUAAUUAGCUUUUAAUUUUAAUUUAAAUUAGCUUUUUUAAAGAUGAACUAAAUUCAUCAGUUCUUGCAUCACUCAUAAAUUAAGAUGAUAACAUCUCAUAGCCUUCAUUAUUGGAAUAUCUCAGCGAAUAAUCGUAGCUUUCGAUGUAUUGUAUUAUAAUAUCAUUGAUUUAUUAUGCUUUAAAAUUUUGUCAUACCUCAGUUAUCUUUUAAUCAGAUUGAGAGAGCUGUAUUAAAAAAAUAGAAUCUGGUCAUCAAUCCAACAAGCUUAUUCAACUUCUAAUUUAUGCAAGCAAAACUUUUCCAUCAAUGUGUAUCUAAAAGUUGUAAUCAGCUUUAUUAUUGUUCAGGUGCUUGCUCAGCUAGACUCUCAGUACAUUUACUGUUCAAGUGGAAAGAAGGAAGGUUUAGUGGACCUUGCUGAUGUGGAGCCACUGCCAGAGGGGGAUUUUCAAGAGCCACUUAGUGAGAGCAUUGACCAGUAAUCGGGACAUUUGCACUCAACAGUCUUUCCAACUGCUGCAGAUGUGUAGAUGGAUGUCCCAAGCGUUUCUCUUGUGUAGGAGCAUUCAUUGGUUUGUUGGCUUGUGUGGGGAAGAACUCAAUGUGUGUGUGUAGGGUUGAUACUUACAAAAAUGUUCAUCUAGUCAUUAGGGUGAAAUUAACAAGCAGAAUGUUGAUAUCGGCUCUUGAAACCCAAAGAUAAUUUAAAGGAAAAUCGUUACAUAUAUGUACAUAUGUAUGUGGUUUUAAUAAUUGUGAAUUGCGUUUCCAUAAUAAAUACUUUGCUAAAUUAUUCCUAUAAUAGAUUAGGAAGGUUAAAAUAUCAGAUAAAAAUAAUUUAUAUAAAAAUUUUAUUGACUUUUUUUGUUGCAAUAUUUCAUUUUCAUGAUGUGUGAAUCGUUACACUAUCUCCACGCAUCGAUUCAAGAGACAACUCUCCACGCAUCGAUUCAAGAGACAAUUAAAAAUCUCCUAAAAAUUCAGAUCACAAUUCAAAUCUGAAAUCAGUUAUUGUAGGUAUUCCAUGCAUUUAAAAAAAAAUCAACAUGAAAAGCUAUUGAUGUAAAUGAGCAGUAUCGGGUUGGAGAACAUGCUGGGCAUAUUUUACUAUAAGAAAAGGACAGAAAAGGAUUGGUGAGCAUAAUCUCAAUGAACAUAAGGGUUUGACAUAAUACUUUGACACCAUUAUGAUUUCUUUCUAUUGAUCAAGGCUGUGCAUCUAUUGCUUUUAUGUCGAGUAUGUUUGGAAAAUGAAUGCACUUAUGCUUUUUAUGCAUGCAGUAACCAUCUGACCCAAAUUUGGCAAACCAUUAGUUAUUUCUGAAACUAUGUCCAGUCCAACAUAUGCAUACCCCCCAAAAAAAUAAUAAACGACCCAAUGGAUUUCAAUUUCAAGUCCCUUUAAUUCAUUAUUCAAUUUGUAGGUUUUGUUCACCCACUAGUGGUUUGAGUAAUUCUAAUCUGGUAGACAUUAUUUGGUAAGUAAAGAGAUUUCUCAGUUGGCUGGUCCGGGAUUGGGUAAACUGAUCAUAUAGUUGACCAAAUAGUUAAUAUUUUAGGGUUCUGUGGGGCAAGAGGCAAACUGAUUUAAGUUGGAGGGCCUCUAUUUUUCAUAUGGGGGUUCAUCCUGAGGGUCAAAUUGGAGCAUUUUCCCCCUGUGGAGUUGGGGUAUACAUUUCUUUUCUGAGUUAACUUAGUAGACUGUUGGGUCUGUUUACCUUUCUACCUAUUACUGAUGUUUCUUUAAUGAAGAGGGGGUCAAUUCUCAGAUGUGAGUGAUCAAAGAUGGCCUUGAAAUUUUCAUUGAAAACAUAAGAAAAAGUUUGGCUCACGCUUUGGUCAAGUGGACCUGACUGAGGUGUCAUGUCAUGAUUGGCAAUUAAGGAAGUGUAAUAAAGCAAAGCUGGUUGAACUUCACUUAAUAAUGUUGAAAGCCUUAAAUAUAACAUAAAAUUUAUUCUUAGGUUGUGGGAAGACCAAAGAAGAUGCCAGGCCGAAAUAGGCCUGAGCAUACUUUGCCAACUCCCGAGCUGGCCAAAGCCUUGGACUGAAAUCCUGUUAAAUAAUUUCUAAAAUAUCUAUUUGUCUUCAAAACAUGCCCACUAAUCAUGUCUGCAAAAAUAAAGAAGACAAAAAUGCUCUAUUGAAUUGUAUUGAAGUAUACAAAAAAAAUAAAAAUAAAUUAUAAAUCUUCAAACAUAAAACCUAUAAUAAAUUGAAACAUUGUUUUGAAUGAAAAUUUGUAAUGACUUCUGUAAACUCAACCCAGAGGGAAAAAAUUGUCUCACAUGUACAUAUUAUAUUAUGAUCCUCUAUUGCCAGUUGUUUCCCUUGCAUUUCAAACAAAGUCAUUCUAAGUUACAGUUCCUUAGCAUAGCAGUCACAUUAAAAAUGUUUAACCCACCACUAGUCAAAGCAAUUUUCAUAAAAAUAUUUGAUUAUUAAUAACAUUUUUAUAAACUUAGAUUAUAAGACUUUACAACCAGAUUCUAGUGAUAACCCUAGGCCUAGAGUCAGAAAACUGGGUGUCAUUUUAUAGGAAGCCAAUGUAAACAUACCACUGUUUUUAACUGUGCAAUCCUCAGCUUCACACCACCUAGAAAUCUAGAAACAUUGGUUUGACUGCUGCUAACAACUUUGCACUUAUGACUAAAAACUCGGAUUUUUUCUCGUCUUUCUGAAAGCAGUAUUGCUUUGCUCACCAAAUUUUCUUGUUUUCAAUUCAAAAUUGUGUAAAUUGAGGAAAUAACCUUGUGAAAAUGAUAGAUUUUUGUUUUCCUUGGUCUUAAUAUUUCUAUAAAUCUCUGGGAUACUAAGUCAUUCUAUGUCUUUGGCAUAUCAUCUCAGACAUUCUUUGAAAUUAAAAUAGAAACAUACGGUUAACACUGAAAUUAAAAUAGAAAAAUAUGGUUAACACUUUCCGUAAAGCCUUUACUUUUCAAUGUCAACAAAAUAUUAACUAUAGGUUCAAAAAGACUCGAUUGCAUUCUCUGUUGUGAAUUCAUAAAAACUUCUCUUUCGAUAUUGUUAUUUUCUAAUGAUUCUAAUUUUUUUGCUCUUGUGAUAUAUUUUUCCUUAAAAGAAGCUUGGAAUGAUAUAAAAUCAUAGAAACUAUUUUCUUUAAAUUAAAAUGUAUAAAAAAAUUUUUUUCUUGUUAAUCCUACGUUAAAAAAAAAAAAAAAAAAAAGUAAACACAACACAAAUAUAAAUAUAUUAAUUUGUUAGUGACUAUUGAUGUAGAUACAACUUUAUAUUUAGAAACAUUCUUUACAGUGUAAGAAAGUUACUCUUGUAAAUUAAGACAAGGAAAAAUCAUAUUUUACAACUGCUUUGGUGCAUUGCUUUGUCCUCACGACCAAGUCAUUCAUUAAUAUCAUAUAAGCUGACCAUUAAAAAGGACAUUAAACUUGAUUCAAAGUUCAUUAUUAUGAACCAGUGGUUCCCAAAUUUUUUGACUUGGAGAGGCCCUCCAAUUUUUAGAAUUUUAGAAUCAAUUUUUAGAAUCAAUUUCUUUUGGGGUGCCCCUUAUGCCUACCCCAUUUCCUACAAGUUAAUUGUGGUUUAUUUAAUUUCAUUGAGCGGUUGGGAACCACUAAUAUAAACUGAUCACUAAAAGUUACAUAAAAUUGUAUUCGAAUUUUAGGGUGCGUUUCUAAUCUCAAUAGUGGAGUCCUUAAGAAAACAACCUCUUUAAUUUUUAAGAACAAAAACUAACCCAAAAGAUGUCUUUUAAGUUUUCAUCACUGUAUUCAGGCUUUUGUUAAUUACAUUUCUUGACUGAACCAGAAAUGCUCGCUGUCUGUCCUAACAUUAAUCCUUGCUGAUAUCCGAAUGUUUAUUCUGUCGUAUCACCUAUCAAUGUCAGGCUUCUUCAUGGUGGUUCUGAUUGUCAUUUUUAUAUAACAAACUAAGACAUUACAAACUUAUAUACAUUAAUUAAUAUAUGUUAUAUUUCUUGUGCAAUAAAUAAUUAUCCUCCAAUGGAACCUAGCAGAUCUAUUUUUUGUGUUGUGAAAAUCCCGGAAUGUCUAUUCUGCAUGUUAAACUCUGCUAAAUUUAACUCAAUGCUGUCACGGAUCAUGAAAUCCUCAUUAAUCAAUUUUUCACAUUUAUCCAUGAGAUGGAGUUAAAAACUUAAAAAAAAAAAAUCCUUAUUAUAUAUCAUUGUCAGAAUUUUCUGUCAGAUGACUCUGAACUUAUACUUUAAAUGAUCUACAAUUGUUCAUUAAAGAAUGUUUUAAUUUUUUUUAUUUGAGAUUAUGAGUGAUAUUUUUGUGCUUGCAGUUGAAUUAGCUUGUAUACACAUGGCUUCAAAACUCUUUCAUUUUUACACCUGGCUGUACUUUUUUUUUUUCCUCAAGAAAAGGAUGAAAAUUAUCUGCAUUAUAAACAUGUUUUUUAAUAACAUCUCACUAUUUGAUGAAGUGGAUGAUACAUUUAUUCACACACAAAAGGGGACAAUAAAAGAAACAACAUAAGAAAUAAUUGGAACUAGAUCAGAAGUAAAUACUACAUUAGUCCGUAACUGUUUUGAUGGCUGCGUAAUUCAUUGUAUUGGCAUAUAUUGGCACCAUCUAGCACACUGUUAGUCUGUUCAAAAUUGAAGUAUCUUAGGUGCUCUACUGGGCAGUGUGAAAUUCCACAUGAACUUUGUAGAAAUUUUGUUUAUGCAAUGUAAUUUAUUCCUUUUUUAUUGCGGAUCAGUAUUACUAAUAAUUUACCAUUGGCUCUAGCAUUGAUGUGUUAACAUUAGCAUUUAAUGUUAUCCCAUUUUUUUUUUACAAUACAUCAACACCAUUUUUUUUUGAAUCAUCAUCAUCUCCUAUUCAUCUUCCAAGAUAUUUGUACACCUUGCAACUUUCGACUUAAGUCUAGCUUGGUUUUUCGUCCCAGAGCGUAGUUAAAGCUUGGAAGAUAUAGGACUGAGCUCACCCUGUCUUUGUAUGAUGGAACUUGAAUGUGGUGGUCUGGGGGUAAGUCAAGUGUCAGCAAUUCAAGGAAAUUAGAAAGUUGGGAUUAUUUUUAGUUGCUGGUUAUUUUAGUAUUUUUUAAAAAUCUUGAUAAAUACCGUACUAAUAAAAUUUUGUAACAAUAACACAAUCACAUGUCCUUGAUAAAAAUAAAUUGAUGAAUUAAAUAGAAAAAAAUAUUACUUUAUAUAAUUUUAAACUCAUCUAGUAAAAUCCAUGCUGUGAGAUCUAAACAUUUAUGUGCUACCUAAUUAGUUAACACAAUAUUCCCCACCCAUACCCAACCCUGCUUGUCACUAACUACAGAUGCAACCAUUCAUUUAGUGCUAAAGUAGGCUUCUUUGAGUUAAUGUGCAAUAUUUUAGUGCAUAGCAUCCUUGAUUAAUUUCGCUGUUCAAACUUCAAUUAAGGUCCACUAUUGAAAAUGUUGCAAUGCUUUUUAUCCACAUACAAAUUAUCUCAUCCCUGUCUUUUCCUUUCCAAUAUUUUGGAUUUUCAGUUUUUAAAAAGUUUUUCUGGUCGCUGUUAUUUAGUCUGUCUUAUACAAUUGAUUUUUAUUGAGAUCCUCGAUCCAUCAUCAAAAAUUUUAUUCUUUAAAACCUUCAUAUUGUUAUAAAUAUUUAUUCCAUUGAAUGUUGCACUUACAAGAUGUCAUUAGGUGUUACUUGUUUUCAUUUGAUGUCACACUCGGCACUUGUUACAGACCAACGCAGAAAUAGGUAUAGUGAGAUUUAGCAAAUACUCUGUGCACUUGUUACAGACCAAACGCUGACAUAGUGAGAAAUUAGAAAAUGUUUCUGUAAGAUCAUUAUUAAGAUGAUUUUUGCUUAUUUCGAAAUGUCAACAAUUUCUUAUUAGACAAGUAAAUAUACUUUAUGAUAAGAACUGAGGUUAUGAAAGGAUUAGGAAAUGAGUGAAAUUUUAGGCAGUGAGUGCCUGACCCUUAAUUGUUAACAUCUGUAUAGCAGCUGACUUUGGAAUGACAAGAUAUAGCUCAAACUUGUUAUUGCUGAGAUUUAAAUUAUUUUUUUUUGUUCCACUGCAUUUUGAAAAGUAACAUUUAUAUGAUACAUACUUUUAAACGAAUUUGUUUCUGAUAUUUCAUAUUACAACACUAAGCUUUUUGUUUAUAGAAUGAGAUCUUCAAUUAUUAGAACAAAGGAUACACAAACCAAAAUAUGUUCAUCUUUUCUAGAUAAAUAAAAAAAAGGGAUGGUUUGAUCAUCAGCACUAUUGUGCAUUGCCAUGACAUGAUUGCUGUGACAUGACAUGAGACAUUCUGACAUGACUGCAAGACAUGAGACUGCCUUGACAUGCUACAUGACUGAUGUGACAUGACACAUGGCUGCUGUGACAUGAUAUAUGACUGCUAUGACAUAAUACGUGACUGCCCUAACGUGACAUGACUUCCAUCACAUAGUUCAUGACUGCUGUGACAAGACACAGGACUGCAGUGGCAUGGACAAAAGUGUCAAAACAUCUACGACUUCACCAUUUCUUACUGUGAUUAUAUUAUGACCACUUAAGCAUUAUCUCGCUCUGAAGAAAUAUCAUCUCAUUUAAUCUCAUAUUUGAAAAUUAAAAUAACCCUUAUAACAAACAACAUAAUAACUUACUGUUUUAUCACAAUUUUUAAAUUUAAUUCUUUUACUUUAAUUUUUAAAGACAUAAAUUAAACCCCCCCCCAAAAAAAAAAGAAAAAAAGAAGAUUUAUCAAAAGAAUCAAAUUGGCACCAAAAAGUACCAUGCAAAAAAAAAUAUUUGCUUUCAGGAC